UCCUGUAUAAGAGCCAAUGUAUCUAUGAUUUUAUUUAGUCUAGCAAGUAGAUUAGACCGUUUUGAUAUUUAAAUAUAGUGUUUGUAAAUUUGUUAAAAUGCAGAGUGACAAAAGUGUGAUCUAUGAGAACACAAGAUUGGAUACGAAAGGGGUAGGAACAAAGGAAAUAAAGGCAGAAAUCAUCAAAGACAAAAUUAGCCAAUCCGAUAAUACACUAAACCGGAUGAAAUGUUUGUUGAUCACUAUGCUUGUGAUGAUGAUAAUACUAUAUGUCGCAGUUGUUGUCGUUAUCAUCAUAUUUGCGAUAAAUAUUCCUGUCAAUCAAGUUGAUGGUAAUUGGGCUGCGUGGUCAGAAUGGUCUUCAUGUGACGUCAUGUGCGGGAAUGGUUCACAGUCACGGUUUCGGACAUGCACAAACCCGACUCCAACACCAAGCGGCAUUUUUUGUGCUGGGAGUUUUAUUGAUAUUUCGGUCUGUCAAUUGCCUAAAUGUCUGGAUCUAAGAAGUGAUAGAGUUCGUCAUCAUGUGAGUUUUUCAGCAAGACUUGCGAAUAAGACUCGGGCAGUCAAACAAUAUAAACGUGUAGUCUUUAACGAGAUUACCACCAAUAAUAUGAAUGGGUACGACAAUAGAUCGGGUAUAUUCAAAGCCCCAGAGAGUGGUGUCUAUCUCUUUAUGUAUUUCAUACAAAUUACCGACGCAUAUGGGGAAGUAGAACUUAGAGUGAAUAACAAAUCUGUCAGUGCGACAACUCUUUAUGGUAUAACUACGAAGCUUCGUAUCUAUGGUAGUACCAAUUAUUUUGCAUUCAAAAACACUAAAUUAAACCAAAUAGACAACACAAUCAUGGACGACAUAAUAUGCUUUAGAGGAGAAUAUGGUGCGAGUGGUUCUAACAAUACCGCUGAGUUUCAAAUGGACACCAGUAAGUGUCCGUUUAAAAGUGGAAUAAAAACUGCAGGCGGUGAUUCUGUUGUGGUAUUUGUCCAUGCCGGAAGUGAAGUAUGGGUCCAAAAUUCAGGGAGUGUGCCAAUUCACAUUCAGCCAGAUGGAACUACAUUUACAGGCUUUUUACUCGUCAAAAACUAAAAUAAGAUAUCAUUUAGUUUUACGGUGUGCAAAUAAAAACUGUCAACUCUUGUUCAUUAAUUGAAAAUAAUUUAGAUGAGUUUAUUUUAGAAUAAUUUGUUGCCAGACUAAUUAAUGAAAUUAACUUAUAACUUAGAUACGUCAUUUUGUAUAUUCAUUGUCUUUAUAACAGAAUUAAGGAUACAUAGAACAUCCCCAUCACUUAUCAUUUCUGACUUUUACUUGUUUUUCAUUUAAGAUAAAGAUUGCAUUAAAUGCCUGCAUUUGUCAAUUCACUGCAUUAUUUACAUAAAAAUAAUGCAUGAAACUGAAUGAAAAGCCCUAAUAUUAAUAUGCUAUUUCUUGUAUAUAAAUCGCUAGACAAUGUGUA